CGCCGCGGCCGUGCACCUCCCGCGGGCGGUGCUGCCGGAAGCCCCUCCCGUGGCCGCGGCUCGGUGGCUGGCUGGCCGCGGCUGUCACUCCGGGGCGUUUUCCCCGGCCGGCUCUCAGCUGGGGCGGAGGAAGAGGCGGCCUGGGCCUGCCGAGCCGUUGCAGUCUCCGCGGCUGCUAUGCCCAGGGUGCGCGGCGCCCUCCGCAGCUCCGCGCAGCGCUAGAGGCGGCCGAGCGCUCGCCGACGCCGCCCGGGAUCCCCGGCGCCUCCGCUCUCCCGCUCCCGCAGCUCCCGCGGCUCCUCCGGCGUCGCCUGCGAGGCCAGGCAGAGGCAAAGAUGAAGAUGACGGUGGAUUUCGAGGAGUGUCUGAAGGACUCGCCCCGCUUCAGGGCUGCCUUGGAAGAAGUAGAGGGAGACGUGGCAGAGCUGGAACUAAAACUCGAUAAGCUCGUGAAGCUUUGUAUCGCAAUGAUUGAUACCGGCAAGGCCUUUUGUGUUGCAAAUAAACAGUUCAUGAAUGGGAUCCGAGACCUGGCACAGUAUUCUAGUAAUGACGCUGUAGUUGAGACAAGUUUGACCAAGUUUUCUGACAGUCUUCAAGAAAUGAUAAAUUUUCACACAAUCCUGUUCGACCAAACGCAGAGAUCAAUUAAGGCACAGCUUCAGAACUUCGUUAAAGAAGAUCUUAGAAAAUUCAAAGAUGCCAAGAAACAAUUUGAAAAAGUCAGCGAAGAAAAGGAAAACGCACUGGUGAAAAACGCCCAAGUUCAAAGGAACAAGCAGCACGAAGUGGAAGAGGCCACAAACAUCCUCACGGCCACGAGGAAGUGCUUCCGGCACAUAGCCCUGGACUACGUCCUUCAGAUUAAUGUGCUUCAAUCAAAGAGGAGAUCAGAAAUCCUGAAAUCAAUGCUGUCCUUCAUGUACGCACAUCUGGCCUUCUUCCAUCAAGGGUAUGACCUGUUCAGUGAGCUUGGGCCCUACAUGAAAGACCUUGGAGCACAGUUGGAUCGACUGGUUGUGGAUGCAGCAAAGGAGAAAAGAGAGAUGGAGCAGAAACAUUCUACUAUCCAGCAGAAGGACUUCUCCAGUGAUGAUUCCAAGCUAGAGUAUAAUGUAGACGCAGCGAAUGGCAUUGUCAUGGAAGGGUAUCUCUUCAAGCGGGCCAGCAAUGCCUUCAAAACGUGGAACAGACGCUGGUUCUCCAUACAGAACAACCAGUUGGUUUACCAGAAAAAGUUCAAGGACAGCCCCACCGUGGUGGUAGAGGACCUCAGGCUGUGCACCGUGAAGCAUUGCGAAGACAUAGAGCGGCGCUUCUGCUUCGAGGUGGUCUCUCCAACCAAAAGUUGUAUGCUCCAGGCGGAUUCCGAAAAGCUUCGCCAGGCCUGGAUUAAGGCAGUUCAGACCAGCAUUGCCACUGCUUACAGAGAGAAGGGCGAUGAGUCCGAGAAGCUGGAUAAAAAGUCAUCUCCAUCAACAGGAAGCCUAGAUUCUGGAAACGAGUCAAAAGAGAAAUUACUGAAAGGGGAAAGUGCACUGCAGCGUGUCCAGUGUAUCCCUGGCAACAGCAGCUGUUGUGACUGUGGUCUGGCAGACCCACGGUGGGCCAGCAUCAACUUGGGCAUUACCUUGUGUAUUGAGUGCUCUGGGAUUCAUCGGAGUCUUGGGGUUCAUUUUUCGAAAGUACGAUCUUUAACUUUAGACACUUGGGAGCCUGAGCUUUUAAAGCUUAUGUGUGAAUUGGGAAAUGAUGUUAUAAAUCGUGUUUAUGAAGCUAAACUGGAAAAAAUGGGAAUAAAGAAACCACAGCCAGGACAAAGACAGGAGAAAGAGGCAUAUAUCAGAGCAAAAUAUGUGGAGAGGAAAUUUGUGGAUAAAUACUCCAUGGCAUCAUCACCUUCUGAGCAGGAGAAAAGGGUUAUCUCCAAAAGCUGUGAGGAGCAGAGGCUGGGCCAUGUCAGAGCUUCCGUCCACGGCGCAGUUAAAAGUAAUGACAGUGGGAUCCAGCAAGGCUCUGAUGAUGGACGGGAGUCUUUACCUUCCACCGUGUCAGCCAACAGCUUAUACGAGCCUGAAGGAGAAAGGCAAGAGUCUUCUGUGUUUCUUGACUCUAAACAUCUUAAUCCAGGACUUCAACUUUAUAGGGCUUCAUACGAAAAAAACCUCCCCAAAAUGGCUGAGGCUCUGGCUCAUGGUGCAGAUGUGAACUGGGCUAAUUCAGAUGAGGACCAAGCAACAGCACUCAUCCAGGCUGUUCUAGGGGGCUCUUUGGUGACGUGCGAGUUCCUCUUACAGAAUGGUGCUAAUGUGAACCAAAGAGACGUCCAAGGGCGGGGUCCACUGCACCAUGCCACUGUCUUAGGACACACAGGGCAGGUAUGUUUAUUCCUGAAGCGAGGUGCCAAUCAACACGCUACUGAUGAGGAGGGGAAGGACCCUCUGAGUAUCGCUGUGGAAGCAGCCAAUGCCGACAUAGUGACCUUGUUACGUUUAGCAAGAAUGAAUGAAGAAAUGCGGGAAUCAGAAGGACUUUAUGGACAGCCAGGUGAUGAAACUUACCAGGACAUCUUUCGUGAUUUUUCUCAAAUGGCAUCAAAUAAUCCAGAGAAACUCAAUCGUUUCCAGCAAGAUUCACAGAAGUUCUGAGCCUUUUAAGAGGGGAAACUAUGAAAUUCGGUGAAUUCCUAAUGUGUACAACCAAAAUCUCACCCCCCCUUCCUUUUUUUUUACUGCUUUAAUUCUGCUUGAUUUUGGUGGACAUUGAAUUGUUUGGAAAAAAAUGGUACCCAUUCAUUGGUAUUUUUGUAAAUGAAAACAGAUCUCUCAUAAUUGGGAAAGGGAGAAAUCCACUAUAGUUCCUCUUUUAUUUAAGAAGAAAAAAGCCUAUUAAUGGGUUGUGCUUUUAUAUAAAGUUGUAUCCAGAUCUAGACCAUCAUCUCUUAAGUUCUGAGAUGCUACACUGUUAGGGCCCUGCACCCUUUGCCAUGGGUGGUACACAGUUCCCCCAGGAACAUUCAGUCAUUAUGCCUGCAUCAAGUGGGAGCCAGUUCUCUUGUCUGUAUCAAGGAUGUUUCUUUUCUAUAGCUUCCCUGAUCGUUGUAUGUGUGUUUUCCGGUAGCUUAGCUGUGGUACCCAUGGUAUGUGAUGUAAUUGCGAGGACUAGUGAGGCUGCUCCUCAUUUGCUCAGACACGCCAUUGCACUUCCGGACUUGACAAACAUGGCUGCUGCACAGUGGACCACACGUUAGUCUUUGCACUCAUUUCAUCUUAUGGUGCAGAGGAGCGCUUACUUUCUCUUCUGUCAAUCACCACACCAGCUUGGUUUUUAUUGUUGGGUUGGUUUCCUAAAACCUUGACAGAUCAUCAGUGCAAUAAAACGAUUUCAGAAGUUGACUAUUGCAAAAUUGGGCUUUCAUCAAAACAGGGUGAUUUCAAAGAUAAUGUAGGGCAUUUUUAUAUUUGGAAUUUAUCCAUUUUAAGAUAUAUAUAGAUAUAGAUAUAGGUAUAUCUAUAUCUAUAUAUAUAUUUACUGUUAUUCCUGGUGGAAGAUGUAAAGGAAGAAAAAGCUAAUUUUUUUUCUGUUUAUAAUAAAAUUUACCAGCAAUAAAUUCCUUUUAUUUUUUCUACAUUUAUCUUAUUUACUAUACAACAGUAUACAUUCUUUUAAAUUGUAUCCUGUAUAUAGCUUUAGAAUUAAGUAAAAUAUGUCAUUGACCUUUGAGUUCCAAAAUUAUGAAUAUGUGAUACAGUUUGGUCAGAUUCCAUCUCUGAUUGACAUGUCUUGUCAGAGUAUGGAAUGAAUAAGUAAUUACCUUGUGGGUCAUUUCCAGCACUGUUGAUGACGUUCAGUCUUUUAGAAAUUAUUUGUAAGUAGCAUUGAUACUCAGCUUCACAGAACAUUUUUAAAUGUAUAUAAAAUUAUAGUUAAUUAAAUAAAAAUUUUUAACAUUUUCCCCACAGUAUGUAGAGCCUUACUUUGAUUGAAUAUAAAAUCAGAAUCUAAGCAGAAAUCAUAUGGAAAUAAAUUCACAACACAGAUAUGGUCCUAUCGUUCAGUCAGAUUGCAAGCAUGCAAAGCUUAUGAAGUCACCACACGUUAGGGAUAAAGAGCUAUUGUGAUUUGUUUCUGAGGAAGUGCUAACUUCCACAGGAUGAAAGGAAUUUUGUUUCUCCUAUCUCACCUCAAGCUUGCAGACCAUCUGGCCUUGUAGGUAUUUUGUUAAAGACAGAAGUCUAACUUCAGCUGGUGUGUAUUUUAAAAUUUAUUGUCCUAAAACAUGUUCAAGGAGGACCAGGCUACAGAAGGGCAGAAAGCCUGCCUUCCCUCCGCAGUGCUCAUUCUCGGUGACUGCUGGAGCCCUUGCCUUGUCUGGAGGUGCUGAUGGGCUUCCCUGUGGUUCAGCUGCCAGGAGACUGUCCUCCGGGCCUCCCUGCCUCCCUGCCUCCUGUCAGAAGUCCUUGGUGUGGCGGUCAGUAGUGUCUGCUGCCCUUUAAUGGCUAGUGUUUUUGAAAUAAGCCUUAAAGAUUCAAGUAUAUUUGAAAUGCCUUAAAGAUUAUUGUGGUUCUGAGUAUCGUUAGAAGAAGCUACACCUUUUCGUAUUGCAUGGAGGCUGGCAAUGCAAGAAUAUAUUUCUACGGCUUACUUAAUUUUCUCAGUGUGCUGAGAAAUUGAAUAGCAGAAAGGAAUGGAAUAUAGCAAGGCUUUAAAUUCAUAGUUACACAGUAGCUUGGCUUUUUGAUGAGUUUUAUUGUAUUCUCUAAUAGCCCUAUGUGGCCUGUUGUGAAGUCUUCUGUGCAUUAGGAGAGAGGAGUAGACACAGUGCCAGUCGCACACUCAGGCUGCUCUUUCUGAUUGCUCUGUUUUCUCUCCAGGACAGACAUGCUGAAAAUAGUGUGAUGCUUUAUUAUUAGUCUGUUCACUCUGUCUCAUGCUCUCAGUAAUGUAAACAUUGUAUUACUGCCAAGGUAAGAGUAGGGCGCUAUGAAGAUCCAUAAAAUGCAGGGUUAACAUGGGCGUAGAUAGAGGUGAUUGAGUAGCCAUUUACUGGGCCUCAUUGCAACACUUACAUGUUGAAGAUUUCCAAUUUAUUUUUAUUCAUUUUUAAAAGUUUCCAGCAUUACAUUGUGCCUGAUUAAUUGAUGCUGGUGUUUGCUGUAGUGGAGUGAAUUUUGGUGUUUACUGCCCCCAAAGUAAUCCAGCUUGCAACUUGUACUUUAGAACGUCAUAGGUGCAUUUUGGGGGAAAAAAAAUUAUACAUUCACAUUUUAGAGAAUUUAAGUUUGUGAUCAUGUUAGCAGUAUUUAAAAAUAAAAUUUUCUGCAUAUUAGAUAUGAUCAUAAACCAAGUUGUUUUACUUAAAACUGAACUCGCUACCCACUUGGAAUAAUUGAACAUUCCUAGACCACUCAUUCUCAAAUUUUUUUGUGUGGUUGCAUUUUGACCAUGGCUAGAAUUUUUUUAAAUGAAAUCUUAUGUCCAUAAUAACUUCAGUUUAUAUCCUUCUUGGAUCCAGGGCUCCUCACAAGUGAAAGGAUGAAACAAAGGGAAACUCUAAAAGCUCCCCUCAUGUGUGUUUCAUGACUUAGAGUGUUCUUCACACUACCUUUCCUCACCUGCUGCUCACAGGACUCCUAGAUCCUAACCACGAGCAUCAGCCUCGUCCGUCCGUGUCUCCAUCCGAGCCCACUCCUCUCGUUUUACAGAGAGCGUCACUUCCUUUGCUAGCUGGAGGCCGAGCUGACCCAUGACCCAGGUCUGCCGUAGCUUCGAAGCACUUGUAUCAUGGAAGGAUUUGAAAUCACUGUACAGCAGCAGCUUUCCCUGUGUUUGAUAAGAAACUCCAAAUACUCUGGAGAACCUCAUGAUGAAGUUUGAGGGACUAGAUUGGAAUUUGAAAGCAUCAAAUUGUAGAAAAGUCUCCAGAUUUUACAAUAGCAAACAUUAAUAAAAGCAAAGUAUUAUAAAGUUAAACUCAUCAUUUAUUAACUUUUUGAUGUUUUCAAAUGAAACAUAACCAUGGAAGGGACUUGGAUUCAGUUUGGCUGAGUCCUAACACCUAGAAGGAUAAUUUUUGUGGGUGUCUUUUCCUGUUUACAUAGAGGGGGAUCAUGUGGACAAAGAGAGAUUGAAUUAAAUACAUUUUUUCUUUGCAUUGCUGUUCUCACUAUCUUAUUGUCUAGAUUUUUCUCAUUCUCCAGUUUCAUUUUGGGUUAUUAAUUUUUGACAGGGAAAGCUUGCUGCGCUAUCAAGGUUGUUAGCACCAUUUAAUACGAAGGCUAAAGGUUAACUUUUGGAAAUGACCAGCUCCUUUUUAAGUAUCUGUUUACGUGCGCUUUGUGAUAUUUUUGGAUCAUUCCGGUCAUAAAGACUGAUCACGUGUACUAUUUCUUGCUACCUGUGAAAAGGAUUUUAAGAAUGUAUAACCAACACUCCAUUAGUUUUUAUUAGUGUGUAGAAGAUUUGUAUCUAAUUCAUGAAUGUAGUUUUACUGUAGUUUGUCAUUUGUAAAUGGAGCAAAGUACAUUAUCUUUAUAGUUCUUCUAAAAUGUACAUUAUGUAAGAAUUGUAAAUAUACUUGAUUACUUUGUAUGCUGAAAAUUUACAAUAAUAAGUCAAUAAAAAUAUCUCACUUCUGGCACAGUUA